AUGAUCACGCAGAGAUAUGUUCCGACUGUGUUUGAGAACUACGUGACCGAUUGCCGGGUCGAUGGUAAAUCCGUGCAGCUUGCGCUAUGGGAUACCGCCGGCCAGGAGGACUAUGAGCGUCUACGUCCUCUAGCAUACUCGAAGGCCCACGUCAUUCUUAUCGGUUACUCCGUGGACUCACCAGACUCUCUGGACAACGUCAAGCACAAGUGGGCCGAAGAGGCGAGGGAGCGUUGCCCGGACGUCCCGAUCAUCCUUGUGGGUCUGAAGAAGGAUCUCCGCGAUGAUCCUCUCGCGCAGGAAGAGAUGCGGAAGAAGUCGCUGAAGUUCACGACCACAAAGGCUGGUAACGACAUGAAGGACGAGAUCGGCGCCCGGAAGUACCUCGAGUGCUCUUCGCUUACGGGCGACGGGGUGGACGACGUGUUCGAAGCGGCCACUCGCGCAGCAUUGCUGUCCGUCGACAAGGCCGAGACCAGUGGGUGCUGCGUCAUUUUGUGA